AUGAGACUGACGCCGCUUUCCAGUGAUGUUGACCAGAUCAAGGCCGACCUCACGUCCCCAAGGCACCUCCAGCUCUACAAGGAGACCAAGGCGGCCGAGGAUCUGCCCGGGUUUGGCCGCAAUUAUUGCGUCGAAUGCGCCAAGUGGUUCGAGACCGACUCGAGUCUGGUUCUUCACAGGAAGGGCAAGCCUCACAAGAGGAGGCUCAAGCAGUUGCGUGAGGGGCCUUACACCCACGAGGAGGCGGCUGCUGCCGUGAACUACAGGACGGACAACGGCCCUGAGAAGACAAAAUCUCAGGAGAUCGAAAUGUCGUGA